UCACUCCUGGGCCCUGCCAGUGUUAUCUCUCAGCAGUGAGGAUUUCGAAUUUGCCUGUCUGAUUACAAAGUCAUCACUAUGGAAACUUCCACAGAAGUACACCAGCGUGACGAUGUCACUACCACGAUAUAGUAGCGAUGACAGGAGAAUUAUUCACGUGCUCUGCCGUUCGUAUCUGAUUAAAAGAGUGCUGUGUUAUGCAUGAACAGAAAUGUAUAUAACGUUGUUUAUGGAGGUUUACAGAUUACUGUGAAGUUUAGUGUUUAUCAUCCUCCCUGAAAUUAUGCAUUUUUAAACUAUUUUAUUGUAAAAGGCCUUCUUCCUCUUGAUUUGAUUUCAGUCUCAUUUCGGUUUUUUCAGUGAUUGUAUUUUGCAUCAGAGGGAUGCUGUCAUUGAUUUUUUUUUUUCCAGUCAACUCAUUUGUGGUGUUUUAUUUUAUCAUCAAAAAGCAUCAUCAACAGGGAUUCCAUUUUGUAUACCUACCCUCAUGAAAGGACAGCAGAACAUUAAAAAUACUAUCAAAAUUGUCACUGAUAUGAUUUGGCUUACUACCUGACCUCAACAGGUGAUAAUAUGAUUUGUUAGUAGUUACCCAGUGAGACAACUGUUGUCUUAUAUUAGGUAUGUUGCUGAGGAGACUUAUUUCUCAACUUUAAAGAUGAUCUUUAUUCUAGUUUUAGAGCGAACUCUCUCCAAUUUUCAUUUUUUGCCAUUACAUAGCUCUCUGGAGCAGGUCGUUUGUCCACCAUUGGUGAAACUUUCUUUAUCAAUGUGUCUGGCUAUGCAUACUGUUUUGUGAACGCGCGAGGUCAGUGUCAUUGCUGAUAGGUUCACGAUGUGGAAUGACCUCUCACAGCAGCCCUAUGAUAGCUGCCAAUUAAACAUGACCAUCCCCGGAUAUCUUUCUAAAAAAGCUACCUACUGCAACUUUGGAUUAUAUUCUGCACUUUUUCCUAUAUAACCCAGCAUCCUGUUGACCUGUUGCUACAGCACAGUACCUAGAUCCUAAUGAAUUUCUUGUCAACUAUGCCUUCCAAGUCUUCCUCAAAUUGAUCCUGUUUCAGUGUUCAGUCCCGCAUGCAAAGCUUUGUGCCGUCUGCAAAUGUAACUAUUUUGCUAUUUAAUGCUUAUGUAAAUGAGGGAAAACAGAGGUCCUGACAUCAGUUCUUGUGAGACUCCAUAUCCCAUAAUACUUUGCUCAGAUAAGAUUUAUUUUUGUAUUCUACCUUACAAUCAAUGCAGACACACUAUGACAUGCAUCCUGCGAUUCCUGCUCAUUUCACGUUGACCAGGAAUGUCUCAUGGGAUACUCAGUAAAGUCCAAAGGUAGUUUCAUAAGCUUGGUUUGAGUCAAAACACUUGGUAGCUUGUUGAAAGGUUUAUUGGCAUGACUUCAUGCAAAAGCCAUGUUGGCUGUCCCUUAAGAUGCUGUUUUUCCAAGGAAUAAUAACGAUAACAGUAAAUAACAAAUUCUGGGGCCUAAAUGUGGCAUUAUCAUACUCCUAUCUAGUGUUUGAGUUGCACUGCCACUUGUAUAAUGUUAAGGAAAUAUAUUUGCCUAUAUUUACAAACCAGCAAACUAUGCUGCUGAACAAAACAAAGUAUUCUUUGAAAAGGCCUAUGGACUUUUAUCAGUUGUGGUGCUCAAUGAAAACAAGCAAUGUAAGUAAAGCAUCGUAUAUAUGUGAACAAAAUAAUCAGAGAGGGAGUCUUGCAGUAUCAUAUUUAAGUGAAUCUGUCUGAGAUGUAUUGAUCAAAGCAACCUGAGAUAUGAGUUAAUUUCCCUUUUUCCAGUAACGUGAUUAUUUCAGACUGCCCCUUGCUUUCAAAUUCCCUUAAAUAACACAAUUAAUCUGUCUUUUAUGUUCAAAGUGUGCCAGUUCUGAAUAAUAUAGUACUCAUGUGGGUAUGCAAGCAUUACAUGGGAUUGUGUUUGAAAGCAUGAAUACAUUCCCUAGAUGUAUCUCAUGCAAUGACUGAGUCUGCAUUUUAUAAGAUAGCAGUGCUUGUUGAACCCUGCUUGUGAGACCCUGGAAAGGUCAUUUUCACUCCGUUAUAAAGGCUUUUUUCCCCUUUUUAUGUCUCGGGAUACCUCAUAACUCUGAAAAAGGUCUCCUUAAUCCCAUUCGAAACGCGAGAUUUGUAGCUGGGAAACAAGAUGACAGAUGCAAGGAAGAAGCCAUGCGCAUGUCGCUAUGGAAACACGGGGUCGCUGAGAGAGCAGGCCAGUCAUUGUCUGUUUGUUCUCGGUCAGCUGAUGUAAGCAGGCCCGGAGUGGCCUAUUUUUAGCGCUUCAUUUUGCUCCGCGUUCGCCCAAUAAAAACACGUCAGUCAGCGCACGCACCGCCAUCUCGGAAACUGGUGCUUUCCCUCUCACUUUCUUUUUCCAGUUUGUCAAAACACAUCGCUUAAUUUUGCCAACAGAAGUAAAUGUCGGAUUAAAGUGUUUGUUUUAAGGAUAUAAUAUUUCAUCAUACAUACUUUCCACAUGGACCUUGGAAAGGCCAAGCUUAUUUUAGUAAAUUACAACCCUGUAAUAUUUACAAAGCAUUUAGUGGCAAUUUUAUGGUUUAGAUUGAAGGUGAUUGUAAUGGUCAGAAAGAGGCUGCCAUAACUCAACAGGGGAGGACAGUACUGAGACACACACUAAAAUAUCCGGUGUUAAUUCAACUCUUAGUGUUAAUUGCACUCUUAACCGAUAAUAUUUGGUUCCAAUGCUGUAAGUUAAGUGAAAAUGUCAGCUUUGCGGGAUUCUCAGUGUGAGUUAAAAUGACAAAAUGCCUUUUUUUUGCGACAUUUUUUUUCAGCCAGUGUUGGAUGUUGAGAAAAGACAGAGAUCAGGAACCAGGAACUGUUUUUUCUAAAAGCACGCCCUGCUUUUAUUAAAUUUUAUUCUGUAAAACUAAUCUACGGUGUCUGGUUAUGUGUCCCAGACUCAUGCUCUCUGCUUAAUAAUAAAAUAAGUUGAAUCGUUACACAAAUAAAAUUAGUGACGUUUCUGCCUUGUGUGUUUUCUGACAUCAGUGCUCAUCUAUUUCUUCCAUGAAUGUGGAAACUUGGUUGCAGUUUGAAUUUAAGAUAUUAUUUACAUAAAGGAGGCGGUUAUCGGUCAACAUGGCCUGUCAAAUAGGGGUUAGAUAUGGGCAGAGAAUGUCCACAUCUCCGGUUGUUGUGUCUUUACUGCAGUCUGACUCUUUGCCUGUGUCAGCAGGAUCUUGUGUUUUGGUUCUUCCUGCGUCUUAUCUUGGUUCAGGCAGAAUUCAUUCUGAAGUGAAUGUGCAGAGCAGUUUGAUUAGCCUCAGCAAAAAACUCUAGUGCCCUCAGGAUAGCACUGAAGCACUACAGUGCAGGCAUAUCCUUUGAAACAGCACAAAUAAUCUCACAUCUUUCAAAUAUGAUUUGCAACAUAAUUGUGAACAUCUAAUUGACUGUUGGAUUCAUGGGGGUGUUGGAGCCUAUCCCAGAGUGUGUUGGGCCACAGGCAGGAACGCACCCUGGACAGGUCACCAGUCCAUCACAGGUCACACACACCGUUCAUUCACACACUCGUGCCUACGGCAGUUUUGCCUGGUGCCCGCAGUCUGUUUGCUAAAUCGGCGCAUGACCUGCCUGCCUUCCGAUUCCCACGCAACCCGCAGCAGCAGCGUGAAAACGAGCAGCUGGUGAUGUCACAUGCUUCGGCGCAGAGCGUGUGCUUCUCUACGCUCUCCCACAUCGGCUGCAGAGAUCGCUAAAUUAGUGCUUCUGCAUACAGCCGGGCAUUCCAGAACAUGUGUUCUUAGUUCCAACUGACUAAAAUGUUUUCGUUUUUUGUGGGCUCUCUGGCAUAAAGCUUUCACACCUGUCAAAGGAAACAGACCUCUACCUCUGAAAAAUAAUCUGGAAAUACAUGAUGGAGGAUACAUUUAAAGAAUAUACACAAUACAACAAUUACACAACUUGAAACAACAAAACUAAGUAGGCAUUAGGCUGUUGCUGCCGUGUUCCUUGUGUCAUACCUUCAAGGGAUAUCCAGGAGACUGGGCACGCUGUGCAUGCUGGGAAACGUAACUUUCCUAUUGCUCCUGGAAUGCUCUGGAAACCAAAGAUGGCUGGGCUUCUAUAGAAAUGGCCUCAGAAGACGCUGCCAUAGCGAUGCUGAACUACUACACCGCGACCACGCCCCAGCUCCGCAACCCGCCCGUCUUCGUCCAGUACUCAAACCACCGCGAGCUCAAGACCGACGGCCUGCCAGGCCAGGGAAGAGCAAGUGCAGCACUGCAGACAGCGAAUGCAGUGCAUUCUGGGAGUAUGAGUCUGUCUAGGUCGGCAUCGGCCAGCAAUGGCACGAUGAUGGGAGGCCAGAGCCCGGUGCUGCGUAUCAUUGUGGAGAACCUGUUCUACCCUGUCUCUCUGGAAGUGCUGCACCAGAUUUUCUCAAAGUUCGGGACAGUCCUGAAGAUCAUCACUUUCACCAAGAAUAACCAGUUCCAGGCCUUGCUACAGUACAGUGAUGCAGGGAAUGCUCACCAUGCCAAACUGGCUUUGGACGGCCAGAAUAUCUACAACGCGUGCUGCACCCUGCGUGUGGAGUACUCCAAGCUGACCAGCCUUAACGUCAAAUACAACAACGACAAGAGCCGUGACUUCACCCGCAUGGACCUGCCGUCCGGGGACAGCCAGCCCACCCUGGACCACGCCAUGGCCGCUGCGUUUGGGGCCCAGGGGAUAAUCCCGUCACCGUACAGCGGAGCUGCGGCGUUCGGUCCCAUCAGCUUUCCCCACGCAGGUCUGUCCCUGCAGAUGAUGCCAGGCACUCUGGAAACCCUGAGCAUGCCCAGCUCAGCCAUGGCGGGCAGGAUGGCCAUCCACGGCAUGCCACACACUGCCAUGAACUCAGUGCUCCUCGUGUCCAACCUCAACCCCAGCAGCAUAUCGCCACAUGGACUCUUCAUCUUGUUUGGUGUCUAUGGGGAUGUGCACAGAGUGAAGAUCAUGUUUAAUAAGAAAGAAAAUGCCUUAAUACAGAUGGCUGAUGCCACCCAGGCGCAGCUGGCGAUGAGCCACCUGAACGGGCAGCGGCUGCAUGGGCGGGUGAUGAGGGUGACGGUCUCACGGCACCAGAGCGUGCAGCUGCCCCGGGAGGGCCAGGAGGACCAGGGCCUCACCAAGGACUACAGCGGCUCCCCCCUGCACCGCUUCAAAAAGCCCGGCUCCAAGAACUUCCAGAACAUCUUCCCCCCGUCCGCCACUCUGCACCUGUCCAACAUCCCUCCUUCUGUCACUGAUGAAAUCCUGCAGGAUCUGUUCACUGGCUGUGGGUAUUCAGUAAGGGCCUUCAAAUUCUUCCUGAAAGAUCGCAAGAUGGCGCUGAUCCAGCUGGGCUCCGUGGAGGAGGCCAUCCAGGCCUUGAUCGACCUCCACAACCACGACCUGGGAGAGAACCACCACCUCCGUGUGUCUUUCUCCAAAUCCACCAUCUAG